UCAUUUUCUAAGUCUAUUCGUAUUCAUCUUCCGCGGCAUGUUUCUUGCAGAGCCAAGAUGAGUGGCUCCGUCGAUAUGAAGAACGAACAUACCGUUCACUUUCGUGAAUGGGUACACCAUAAUCAGAAGACCGGUGUGGAUGGCCACAACCAAGAACGUCCUUAUGUUCCCCCUUCUCUACUUGAAUUAUAUUGGGACAUCGAGCCAGUCCGGGAAGCUCUCGAAUAUUGCAAUAUAAAGGAAAAUGCAGCCCAGAUUGUUACAAGAUUCCUACGCAUCUUCUCAACGUUGGUUUAUGUCGGUCAAACACAGAAAAUCACACUCUUUACGAACAGGAACCGAGACGACUUCGACUUGCCCAUUUUGGAUCCUUCUUUCGAAUGGAAGACACCUCUUCGGGAUUUUUGGGACGAGCAGUGGAUGUUCUGCCCCCUGGAGUUUAGCAAGGAGUUGAUCUUCAAGAGGGAGUUGCAUACCCGACAAAUACUACCCGUGACAUAUGGUGAAUCGCUCGGAGACCUUGCCCGGGCUAGCAAUGGUCCAUCUUACGAAAAAGUCCAUAUUAACCCCGAUUGCAAUACGAUGACUGGUGACACUACUUUCGUCUUCAAGACGUUCAAGGGCCCCGACAUGAAAAGCCAAUAUAAGGCUGAAGCGGAGCUCUAUGCAAGACUUUCUGAGAAGCCUAAGGCUCAAGAGCACAUCGCCAAACACUACGGCUCGUUUUCUUUUGAGGAAGAUGACACGCGCGUCAUAAUACUCGAGUAUGCCUCCAUGGGCUCUCUCUUGGACUUCUUCAAAGACACCACGCCUCCCGUCACUCCGGCGGAAUUUGAGAUGCUCUGGCGCGAGUUAUUGAAGCUAGUGUCAGGGUUGCACGUCCUCCACACCCUCGCCAGGCCAUCGAGUGACGGAGAGUCUGGGAAGGGGUUCAUCACGGCGGUCCAUCAAGCUAUUCAGCCUGCCAACAUUCUAGUCUUCCCUCAUCCACCAAGGAGUACACCGCGGGAAAGCACAAGGUUCGAUAUUCGAUUCAAGCUUGCCGAUUUCGGUCUGGCUGGGGCCAGGAGAGGUUCAACACCUGAUGAACAUUUCGAAAUUCAGAACGGGGGCAACCUCAUGUACAGCGCCCCGGAAUGCUAUCCCAGCCAUACAGUCCAAGCUCAUGUGAGGCCUGAAGUAAGAACCAAUGUUGAUGUAUGGGCUCUCGGGGCUGUCUACAGCGAGGUUCUCGUCUGGUCUAUCUCUGGAGAGCCCGGCCGAGAUGAAUACCAGAUGUACAGGAAAGAGGCUAUCAAGCGACUGGGUCACAUCAACAACAGGGGAUUCGAGGCCUGCUUUCAUGAUGGUGAAGACGUUCUGGAGGCCGUCAAGGAGUUUCAUGACAAGGUUCUAAAACAGAAACGAGAGAACGACAGCAUCUCCGAGAUGAUGAGUCGUUUCAUUUUAGAUGACAUGUUGAGGGGAUCAAAUUAUCGGCUAACUACAAACACGCUCAUUAGACGCGGAAACGAGUUGAUCGAAGCGGUGCAGCGGGAAGCUGUCACCGGUCCUCCAUGGUCACCACAAGUAGCAUCCACGCACGGCCCGAUGUUACGAGUUGAUGAGGGACGAACGAUGGAUUAUUUCCACGAUCAUCCAAGAAGUUCAACUCCUAAGUUUCCAAACAAGCCCCCCUGGACCCAAGAGCUUGCAACAUCUCCCGUUGAAGUAGACAUUGCAGAUGAGAACAAAAAGUUGCGCAAACCCCGCGAGCCUCUACACGAUCAGCCAAUAACUCCAGCUCCUGAGUUGACCAACAACCCCGUCAGGGUCCAAGAACCUGCAAUAUCUCCCAUUGAGACAGGCAUUGAAGAUGAGAACAAAACGUUGCGCAAGCCCCACGAACCUCUACACGAUCAGCCAAUAACUCCAGCUCCUGGGCCGACGAUCAACCCCCCCAGGGUCCAACAGCCUGCAAUAUCCCCCGUUGAGGCAGACAUUUCAGAUGAGUACAAGGACAAAGAGCCAUUAGAGAUACCUGCAGAACUUGACAUGCCUGAUGUCGACGAGAUCCCGUUGUUCCAACCAGAUUCCCAAGAAAUCGCGCUAGUAGGCCUCAACAUGGGGUUGAAGUCGGCCAAGCAAGGCUACCUUAAAUUGGAGCGAUUUGACAAAUACAAGGAGGGAGGCAAGAUACGAAGUGGCCUAUAUUCGGUCCCGCGGGAAGUUGGUGAGACAUACACUAUGUUUGACGUUACGGGUCGCAUUCGAUGGUCUGUAGAUCGGCCCGAUCAGCCCGAUCAGCCAAGGGAAGAGAGGGGCGUUCAAAAGUUUUCGGUCAAAAGGCUACACAGAAAUACUGCUCUUGAUACAUUUUGGGCCGAGUAUCAGUCCUUAGAGCUCGUCAAGAACCUUGAUCAUCCCCAUGUAGUCGAGACGCUCUCCGUCUUUAGAUGCGAGGAGAACGGAAGUCAAUACUUGAACUUCUUGUUUCCUCUUGCAUUGGGAAAUCUCAGCCAGCUGUUUCUAGGAAGGUACGACAAAGAUGUUGGGCUUCAGACACGCGCCCAAAAAUCGCUCUGGGGCCAGUUUGCUGGACUCUCGAGUGCAGUGGCCUACCUUCAUUCCUCGAUUCAGAUGGCUCAUCGCGACAUCAAACCCUCUAAUAUCUUUAUCCACGAGGAUCCGGAACCUGGAGGAACCCUUAUGCUGAAGCUGACAGGCUUUGGGCUAUCAACUGAUCUCCAUGGAGCAUCCAUUUGGAAAGCUGGAAGUGUUGCCCAACUUUACGACUCCCCCGGGUUUCGAAGGCCUUCGCCAGACAUUCAAUCCCGUACUCCAAGUUCUGAGAGGCUUCAUGCUCCAUCCGCCACAGAAAUGUUGGCCGAUGACAUCUGGAAGCUCGGGUACGUCUUUAUCGAGAUGUUGGCGUUUCUAGUGUGUGGGGGCUCGGAAGGUGUCGUCGAUUUUCGAGGUUCCAUCAGAACCGAUGGAGGCAAUGUGUUUUCUGACAGGCCCAACAACACUCGCUCUGAUCGCGGUGCAAAGGUAAAGAUCCAUGUCAUCAACUGGCUUGAUGUUAUGGCUCAUAAGGAUAUGAGAGCCAAACACCUUGAACCUAUGCUUGCCGGAAUGCUAGCCAAGUCUGCCCAAAGGCCCACGAUAGAAGAGGUGUGUCAAGCACUAGUCGAGGUGAGCAUAUUCUUUCUAAGCUCCAAAGCCCUUUUCACAUACCACUGGUGGUGGCUCACAUUCUUCAUCCAGGCCAAUUUUCCAAACAUCAGCUACGACGACGGCUCGAGGCUAGCAAGAUUCACGCCUGCGGAUCAAAUUAGUCCUCUCUCCCAAGUUGAAAUUCUUCAGUUCAGGAUUCAGGAAUGGUUCGGACGACCAAUCGAUUGGGGGCCUUUUCCUAACCCACGACCAAAUCUCAGACCUGAUCAGUUCCUGAUGACAUGGGAGUGGCAAGGAAGUAAGCUUUGCAUGCCGCUGUCUCGAGACGAGCUCAGGAGCUAUAAGCCAGUGUGCUUGCCGAGAAUCACCAACAGCCACCCUCUCCUCCCCGUCACCAAUCAGCAGUCCAAUUCAUCAAAGCCUUCGCCUAGCAAUAUGUCAUCGAACACCGUUGGACAGCCUGGAGGUAUCAGUGGCCGGCCUCCACUUGGCAACAUCGCUCUCGCAGGUGGCACUGUUCAAUCUUCCACAGCAAUGCCGGCUCCAGGCCCCUCGAGAGACAUUUAUUGGUGUGUCGAAAAGACGUUUACCGAACCAACGGAAAGUCACCUGUUUCCAAUACUCAACUCGGAGAGCUUGGUGGACGACGAAGAGUUGUAUCGGCAUGUGAACAAGGCCAUCAAUUCGGCCCGUGGCUGGCUUGGGUGGCUAUUUUCUUGGAAGAGAUGCACUGAAGUGGAGUUCAUCCAGUUCUAUAUUGUGCGGCGCGAUGACAGCGAGGUCGGCUCCAUGAAAACCGGGCUUCUUCCUCCUAGUACGGCUCAAGACUAUACACACGCCGUCCCUCAACCGCAUGAUGUUCAAAUGAGAGCCGCAAGAAAGCAGAUGGUGUGUGGGCUGAUGUAUCCAAGCAAAGGGAAAGGCGAGAAGACCAUUAUCUCGAUGCUACCCAAGAAGCUGAACCCUCCCCCCUUGGUCAAGGAGAUGGGUCAGAUCGGCUGGGGACUGCAUGCCAAGAUGGGUUUCUCGCAGCGGAGGUUGCUGUAUUGGAUGGUUUUCUGCCUUGUCUUCAACUUCAUCUUUGUGGCUCUUUGGUUGGUCUAUGUCAACUCCACGGACUUGCAGAAUGCCUUUGUGCCGGCCACCAUUCUUACGGCGGCAUUGACGUUCGGUUUGGCCCUGAUUCAGAUUUCGGAGAUAGGAGUUAGCAAGUAA